UCAGCAUGCCUUCCGUGUUCGAAAAAUCAAAAAGUCCAAGUCGGCAUGUGGCUCGCACCCCUGCUGCCAGUCUGCAGAAAACAAGUAGCAGCGGCCAGCACUGUGAUAACAACAAUGGCGGCCUAGGAGGAAAUCUCAAGCCCAAAAAAUCUCGUCCGCCACGGACAACACAUAAGCGCUGGGCUGCGUCGGCGGCUAACAACGAAGAACGCUCCCAAGAAAGCAACAACAGCAGUCGACCGAGCAGUGUCGUAUUGGCUACUCCAGAAUCCUUGACUCGCGACUUGUCUGAUCUGAGUGGGUCAUAUUUCAAUGGGAAUACGGCCCCACGCAGUACCUCUCAACAUCAACGAAUCGGGGUUCCUGCGGCUGUACCGCAGAACGUGUACCCGUCAGGAACCGACCAGAGCGUGACAUCUCACCAACGCCCGUGGCGACAAGCCAAGAUCAUGUCUCGACGAGAGCCAACGCAUCCUCAACCUAGACAGGACGAUCAGAGUGUGGGUGUUGUACGCCUAACGGCAGCCAUGGUGGACAAAUUAGGGGUAGCUGAUGCUGCAAAUCAGAAUGAUAUGAUGAGUCGACGUACACUCAAAAUGCGUCCUGGUAACGGGAACAAUCAGCAAUGCGAAGAAAAGCGUUGUCGCGCGCCCUUGCUAAUAUUGUUGAUGGAUCCGGGGCGGAAACUUUAUGAGCUCAUGCAAUUGUGGAUCGACAUCGAACUGGAUACGGUAAGGGACGUCUUGAACGCGACGCAAAAAAACCUUUCGGAAAGCUGGCGGCAAGAUUAUGAUGGCGUCUUCCAGGUCCGCAAUAGCUCCCUUAACCAACUCAUACAUGUACUCAACGUACACAAAUAUGAUGUUAAGCCGCAUGAAGUAUGGGUGGCCAAACCCUGGGCUAUGGCAGCCAAAACAACUAUAGGCUACGCAGCUGAUGUGUUGCAAAGUUUGCAAUCCCUAGGAGUGCUGCGCUACAUUGGUAAAAACGGCGAUGGCGAAGAGCUUAGUCAAAGUACAAGAGGGCGAACGCGGGAGCGACGCUGGUUUCGUUUGCAGGCUGGGACUUCCAACGGCGAAAUGGACGAGAACAUACUAAUCUUGAGCAAAGAAGCGCAGAAACGAAUUUUUGUUCCCGAUGGAGUCCUGAAACAUCAUCAUGCUUGCCAGUUUCUUUCGUUUUGUCCUCCCUUUGCACCGCCCAAACUUAUCCGGGUCGACGUCCUUGCCGCCGGCGAUAGCGUUGAUGGAUCGAGCAGUCAUCAACUCAGUUCUAAUGGAACCGUCUCCAGCCCCUCGGCGGAAGCUCUCAGUACCGAUGCUUCAAAACAAGAAUCGUUCUCUGCGACCGAUCGACCAGCUACAAGCAGCGGCACAGGUAGCAGUGCAAGAUGCAGCCGUCCUGCGGUUUUGCUUUCGCGAAACAAAGUAGGCGACAGUCCAGACGCCAAGGAUGAACGAUGUCUCGAAGAAAGGCCGCAAGAACAAUCUCAAACGAAGCGCCAAGGAUUCGCGAAAGUAUUGUGGAGGCUCACCUGUCCCGUCAGCACGACCAAAUUAUUAUCGACGUCCUCCUCUCCACACCCUAUGCCAGAUGCUUCCGAGACGCAACUGAUUGAUUCUUUUGAAUCUUCCGUAGGGACCAUGUGGAAAGUAUGGGAAGAUGAUUCCCUUGCCUCGCAAUCGGAUGGUUCCGAAUCCCGACCGUUGUUACGAUCCCAAAAAUCGGACUCAAGUGCUUUCGUGUACCCAUUGAAACCAGAAAGAAUCAUGUUGAAUUCCUGGCGCCAGAACAGUAGAUACGCACAGCCUGCUGAGACGCCAAUGCCAGUACAUCCUGUCUCGGUCACUGACCGCAAUGCUCCUCGUUUGGUGAACAAAACGACAGUAGACACGCUCAUGGACGACGCCGAAAUUCUGCAAUUUGGUGUGUCGGCGUCCAUGAACGACGAUAUUCGUCGUAACAUAACUACGGAAAUCGAAGAAAUCGAGUCUUCUUCCAAACAGAUCACGGAAACUAUACAUUCCGAAACCAAAAUCAGGAAGCAUAUUGCGCGAGACGUCUCUUUGGCAGCGACGGAACUCGAGGAUUUGGCGAGGGGCAGUCACGAGACUCUUGAUGCGUUGAAAAUGAGUGAACAAGUUCGUGCCGGAUUCGCCAACACAAUCCAGGAAGAGUUCUGUGAAGGGAUUAAACAUGAUCCUGCCUUUGUUCCUGUCUUGGAUGCCAGCAAACCUGACGCAGACAACAACGCGGCCCUGGACAGUCCCAAUACUGGUGUUCCAAGUUCCCCUCGCGGGGUAAUGCAUACCUUGGAAAGCUUUAGAAACAAACUCGGCACCGGCGUCGAAGCCGUGAACAAAAUUGAAUCGGAAAUGAGCUUAGCCGCCAUGGCGCUCCGCGCGUUACUGGAAGCCAAGGAAAGCUUGACUGAGAAAGAAUGCACCGUGCGUUGUACUAUGGAAAGCGACUGCCUCGAAGAGCACAUUGAAAGGGUGAGUACCGACACAACAAUGGCUCGGGUCACAUUGGAGGAAGAACGUAAGCGGUUGACUGCAUUGAAAGCGAGUUUGGAAACAAUUAUGGCUCGCCAGAAGGAGCAAGACGACCGUCUCCAGGUUUUGAAUGAGACCAAGUCGGAAAAACAGAAAGUCAACGCGGCGAAAGAAGCACAGCUUACCAAAGUGCUGGCAAGUCUCGAGACCGAAGAGUCAGAGAUGCAAAGCACAAUGGCGGAUGUGCGAGCCAAGUCUGAAGAGUUUGUCGCCUCGAAGAUCCAUCUGGAAACGCAACUUGGUGAGCUCCAAUCUUUACUGCAAACCCUGCAAAAAAAGACUGCCGAACGCGAAGUCGCUCGCUCCGAGCGCAACGAACUCUACGCCAACAAGUCACAGUUGGAGACUCGCAUGACGGCGGCCAAUCAACGCCAAACCGCGUCUCUUCGCAAACUUGAAAAGCUACAGGAUGCCAAAAAGGAGAUUGCCAAGCUUGCGGUCUCAAACGACCGUAUAGAGUGCGAAGAGCUGCUGCCCGGUCGUUCCGAAAUGGCCGACCUUGAAGUGGAAAAGCAAGAGCUGAAAGAGUUUGGUGCGAGCUUGGAGGAUGGCGAAGAGAAGAAAACUCUUCUGCGACAACUCGAGACAGCGCGUCAAGAAGCGGACCAGCUCGCGGCUGAACUAUCCUCCGUCAACGUCCAAAUUCAAGACCAUGAGUCGACUCUCCAAACCUUGCGAGACAAUGCCAUGAGUGACAGUGAAUCUUUUACAGCAAAAAGGGACACUUUGCAAUCCACCAAGACGAAAUUGCUGGAAGAAUCCGACUCUUUGCAAGCGCGUCUCGCUGUUGUGCAAACAGAAUACAAUUGUGCGCGGAAACAGGAACAUUUGCGGGCCGAAUAUAAUCGCAAGCUGGAGGUUCUGCAGUACGGCGUUGAGCUUCUCCGCAAAAGCAACGAAGAAGAGCUCAAAAUAAGCAGCGCGCCCAUUGAGUGA